AUGUCCUCUGGUCAUCGACGCAAGCGGCCACGGCCCUCAUAUUCCUGCAUGGAAUGCACCCGGCGUAAACUUCGUUGCUCAAAACAGAUACCCUGCUCGGCUUGCGUAGAGCGAGGGGUUGCGCAGUACUGCCGCCGACGAACAGGCAGCAGUGUCUCAGAAGCGCGGGAUCCAAGUCCUGUCUUUGGUGCUUCGUCUACCAGACGUAUUCCAGACGACAGAGGAACCCCAAGCGUGAUCCCAUGUUCAGACGCUAUCAACAAUUUGUCGCCUGCCUCCCACUCAAGUCCGGUGCGAACACAACAGGGCAACAUAACCACCAGCCCUAUGAACCCAGACACUAUUGAUGUUCAUUGUGCUGUGCCAAUGUUGCAGGAGAGUCGACCGCGACGGAGAGUUGUGGAUAAUGUUAAUGAAGAUGCGGCAGUUAUGCUUGAGUUCUUGGCCCUGAGUCGGCAGCGCGUUAGCCAAAUUGCACAGAUCGACCAGACCCACAUCAGAGGGCAGAGUAGCAUUCUGACUGAGGCAUAUGAGCUGCUUUUCACCUUGAAACAAGUUCGCACCAUGAUGGCUUACCACCAAGACUGCAUCUCCUGGAUCCAUAACGUGGUUCAUCUUCCCACGUUUCGAGAUCAGUGCGAGAGUCUUUUUGCGGACCCGACCAAGGUACAACCGUGCUGGCUGGCAUUGUAUUAUGCUAUGCUUGCGGUUACCCUAUACCAUGCCGACCCUGGCAUACUUCAGGAAAUUGAUAUCCCCUCAUCCACCCAGAUGUCAGAGUUAUGCUACCAGAAAAGUCUCGAUAGUCUGCAUAGAGCCGAUUUCAUGAUCAACCACAAUAUCCUCAGUAUUCAAGCAAUAUGUCUACUCAUUUACGUGGGGCACAAUCUGGGCCAAUCUGACAGGAUAUCCGUACUCCUGGCGAGUGCGGUGCGCAUUGCCCAAUGCCUUUGCCUUCAUCGGCUCGGAUCCACCUCGGGAGAAGGGGCAGACGAGGCACAGAGGACCCAAAGCGCAAGACAGCAAUGGCUGAUCGAUCGUGAGGUCUCGAAGCGUGUCUGGUGGUUCCUUGUUCGGCAAGACUGGUUGCAGAUUCCAUUCAACAAUACCUAUACAAUACAUCCAACGCAGUUCAAUACUCCAAUGCCCGCCAAUUGCGAGGAAGAUGUCGAUCUGAUGUUCUCGACCGCAGGUAUCAUCGAGCAUGACCAGGAGCACUUCACUCAAGGGAGCUAUACGAUGGUGCUGAAUCAUGUGGCUGUCUUAAUCUGGAAAACACAAGAUAAGAUGUGUCAACAAGGCCAUCCAAACAAAGUUGAUGAUGGCCUGCGCAAAUUGUACACUGAGGUAAUCCAGGCAGAUCGGGACUUAAGGGAAUUGAUGAACAAAAUGCCGAGCUUUUUUCGGGGUCCCACAACUUCAUCUUCGAUGCAGGAAGUGCACAUCAAGUUCCAGCGCGAGGUAUUAUUCCUUGCUUUAGCGCACAAGUUCUACUCCGUUCACCGUCACUUUCAGAUUCCCAGUUUCAAAGAUCCAUGGUUCGCAUAUACGAAGGUUUCAUGUCUUCCAAUCAUACGCCGCAGCCUUGCCACCAUUGUUUCCUCGCCAGAGGAGCCCUACUUUUACAUUGUACGCAGUAUGUGGACCGUAAAUACUCAAGUCCUGACAGCUGCUGAGGAGAUCAGGGCCUUGGCGUUGAAGACCUCGCGCUUCCUUCAAAUUAACCAAACCAAAAGUCGGAUCGCAAAAAGAGGGUUUGUUCUGAUCAACACACUCUUGGACUUGGAUCGAAGAAUAGAGAGCGGUGAUCGAGAGCAUUUCAAUAUAAAGGACAUUGUCUCUCAAGUUGAGGGUAAUGACGACCAUCCAACUGCAGCCCCAGCAGAUCUCCAUUGCGAUGCCGUCAACAGCGGGUCUAUUGUGGACUGGCUGGCGAGAGAUAUUACUACCUGGGAAAGUAUUGUUGGUGCGCUUGAAGGUGUCUAG